AUGGCUUUGCUCAUAUAUGUAGAUGAUAUUCUCGUGGCAGGAACAGAUUCUAGUCAAAUCAAGAAGUUGAAACAUAUGCUGGAUGUGUCUUUCAAGAUCAAAGAUCUUGGCCAGUUAAACUACUUCCUAUGGAUUGAAGCAAUCAGAACUCCAAAUGGCAUCAAUCUGUGUCAAAGGAAGUAUGCUCUAGAAAUAUUACAAGAAAAUGGGUUCUUGGAUGCUAAACCUGCCAAGACACCUUGUAUUACAGGGAUGAAAUUAACCAGUGAUGAAGGGACCUUACUUGAUAACCCUGAAUGUUUUAGAAGGCUAGUUGGUAAGCUUCUCUACUUAACCAACACCAGGCCUGAUAUAUCAUAUUCUGUCCAGCAGCUAAGUCAGUUUGUUGAUCAACCAAGGAGUACACAUUUGGUUGCAGCUCAUAGAAUUCUGAGAUACCUCAAGGGUUCUCCUGGAAAAGGCUUGUUCUAUGCUUCAGAUUCUGAGAUUAAGUUGCAAGGAUUCUUUGAUUCAGACUGGGCUACAUGUACAGAGACCAGAAAAUCAAUCAUAGGAUUCUGCAUUUACCUAGACAACUCUCUUAUCUCUUGGAGGACAAAGAAACAAGCUACUGUGUCAAGAUCUUCAUCUGAAGCAGAGUACAGGGCCAUGGCUUCAACUGUUUGUGAGUUGCAAUGGCUAUUAUACUUGUUGGCAUAUCUGAAAGUGGAUAGCAGCAAUCCCAUUCCUCUAUUUUGUGACAAUAAUUCAGCUGUGGCAAUUGGGGAGAACCAUGUGUUCCAUGAACGCACUAAACACAUAGAAAUUGACUGCCAUGUGGUGAGGCAAAAGGUCCAUGAAGGUGUGAUAAAACUGUUGAGUAUUCCUUCAAGCAAACAAAUAGCAGAUGGUUUCACUAAGGCACUGCCCAUACCUCUAUUCAAUGUUUUCCAUGCUAAGCUGGGUCUUCAGGAUCUUCAUUCUCCAGCUUAA